AUGGAUGGGAAUGUAGAAGAGUUUGAAUGUGCUGUAUGUCUUGGACCAUUCCAGGAACCUAAAUUAUUGGAUUGUCAUCAUACAUUUUGUAGGAAGUGUCUGGAAGACCUGGCUAGUUCCAAUUUGGCAGACUCUAAAGACGUCAUUUUAGAAAAUUACAAAGAUCAGAAAGACAGUCUGAAACGUAAUUUAGAAGAAUUGAAAACAGUGAAGAAUAUAGCCGAGGAUUCGUUGAAGAAAAUCAACGAAUAUCGACAAACAGCAUUGAGUAGUUGCCAGGCAGAACUUCAGAAAAAUUAUGAUCAAAAUCAGAAGAAACUGAACACUGUACUCAGUAAAGUGAAUACCCUGAAAUCUCAGAUAGAGAAAGAUAGUCUACCUAUGUUUUCUCCCCCCGUGUCUGACGUCCUUAGUAGGCCUACUGCAUAUACAGUGUGCUAA